AUGCAAUGCCAGAUAUGUCGCAACAAUUCAGAUAAGUUCUACUGUGCAAACUGUAUUCGUACAUCUCCACAAUUAGCAAUGACCCUUCGAUUUAAGUUGUUAACAGUACAAGAUGAGAAUAAACGAUUAAAUAAGAAGAUAGAUAAUAUAUUGAAUGUAUCGAUGGAUAAAAAUGGUACCCAGAGGGAAGAUAUCAGUGCAGGAGAACGUCUCUUGAAAACACGAAUGAGACGUGUCAAUGACUUAAAGAUGAGAAAGAAGAAUGGUCAAUUAAAAAUCCGGAUAAGUAAUGUAUCUAAUUCCAUAGAUAAGAAAAGGAUGUUUAUUCAAAAACUAAAACAACAUAUAACAGAUUUUCAUAUGUCAAAGAUUAAUCCCGUUCAUCAACAUAAAAGGAUCAUAAGGGAACAUAGACAUGAAGAGGACGAUGAACGAUUAAAACAAGUACAAAUAGUCCUUACAAAGAGACAGAGACAAAACAUAGAGUCAUUAAACCAAUGGUUUGUGAUCAAUAAAACAUCAUCUAUGGACAUUCCAUAUACUUUACUCUUUCAACCUGUGAUCUCUACAAGGACAGCUAAUAAAUUACCUCCAGGGUUAGUGAAAAACUCAAUUUUCACCAUGUUCCAGUAUCUGAAAAUCAGAACGACAAUACAAUGUACACAAUUACCGUAUCCAACUAUGAAACCGUCAUCACUACUCCUUGAAGAAGGACAACAUGACAGAGAUUACAUACUAAGGGACAUUGUUGAAAUGAUAGAUGAAACAGUCACUGAAAGCAUUGUCAUGUGGCUAACAAAACUUACUAUUAAUAUGGUUUAUCUGUGCCAGGUCAAUCAUAAUUUACCUUCACAAGAGCAUACCGACCCUGUAUCCCUACUAGAACAGUUCGAUGUCGAUGGACUCUUCUACAGUCUCUAUCUGGGCCAAUUGCUACCGCUCACCAACAAGUCACAGCCAAACAGCUACAUAAAACCCACCCACAGCUUCCAGAAUAUGUUCGAUGCUAUCACCGACCUACUGGAAGACUAA